GGAGCGGUUCCAGGACUAUGAGUCGUGGCGGCGAUGGGAGUGACUUUUCUGAUGAGAAUGGAGGAAGAGGUGGCGAGUAUCUUCAGAGAGGAGAUGAUCCAGAGGACCUGCACCAGUCUAAGAGGUUGAAAUUAGGCGGCGGCGACUCGCCUACCCGUAUACUCAGCCUACACACGGACUGGGUCCAGAGAGAGCCAGAAGAUCGAGCAACGACUGCUUAUGUAGGGGGUGAUCCCGGUGAUGGUCCUAUUCCAGUUCCUCAGUCCGACUUUGAGAUUGAGAUCAACAGUACGGGCCAGGAAGGAAAUGGAGGCUCGCCAACUCAAGAAAGUGGCAUCACUUUAACAUCUGCUUCAAUCACGAUAGAGCCAAGAAUAUUGACAAUUGAUUCAAGACUACCAUCGUCUGUUCCUGUUACUACAACAACGGCUUCAUCGUCAUCAGGAGCAGCUAUACCUGUUCACAAGAUGAUUGCUCACCUCAGAGAUGAGGAGGAGGAGGAAGAGGAAGAUGAAGAUGAGCCUUCGAUGUCUAGCACAAUGGUCACAAACCUCUCUACUGCCGAACCCGUUGUACAAGCUCCUCUUGUGGAAGACAUUCCAGUUUCAAUGGUGGCUUCUCAGACUCCUGAUUUCUCUGCUCUAAUGGCUGGUGCUAAAGGGAUGUUACAGGUACCUACUGAUCAGCAAUCACUGAUACAUCAACAUCCUGACCUGUCUGGUGGGGGCCAGUAUAUGCAGGCACCUGGUGAUGGAACUGGGACCGGAGGUCCGUUGUAUGUGAUGAUACCACCCACUACUAACAGUGCUGAGUUAUUGCAGGUGAUGCAGCAAGGACAGGUUCAAAGACCAUUAAUGCCUCGUCUCUCUACUGGUGCUCUAGCUUCUCCCAUAUCAGAUGAUGGUAGGAAACACAAAGAACUAAUUCGUAAACAGACUCACAACGAAGUUGAAAGAAGGAGAAGAGAUCGUAUCAAUGAGCUGAUCAAGAUAUUAGCUGAGGUUGUCCCAGGCUGUCAAAAGAAAGACUCAUCUAAUGGAAAUAUUGUUGGGUAUGUGUACAGCAAAGGUACUGUAUUGGAGAAGACUGUAGAGUAUGUGAGAGAACUCAUUAUGCAGAACGAGCAGCUGGUAGCAACAGCUAAACUAGCCGAGAAGUCCGCCAGUGCACUUCACAUCCUACAGAACCAGAUAACAGUUUUAGAGAAAGAGAAUACAUUCCUUCGUGCUCAGAUGGUUCAGCUAGGGAUUGAUACUUCAUCUACUGCACUCAGCGGUGCUCGCUCUCUUCUUUCUAAUCCUUUAGCUCAGAGUCUUUUGAAUACUCAAGUCACUCCCCCUCCUCCUCCUCCUACUACUAAUACGUCACAACUGCUAGUGUCUUUAGCUCAGACCCUUACCAGUAACCCACUCCUGGCUUCUCUUUCUCAACUCAACAACAAUCCCAGUAGUACUUCUGCUGUUAGUCCAGUGGUCGCUAAUGAAAGCCCAGUUACUGCCUCUGGUCAGUCUUCUCAGCUUGUGCCUCCAAACAGUCAAGCGGCUAUUCUUAUGAACUCUCUUGUCCAAACACUUGCUACCAUCGCCAAUAGCAACACUCCAGCCCCACCCCCUCCUCCUCAGUCAUCAGGUUUAUCUGCAUCUGCAGCAAUGUCUCUCCUUAAUUCUCUCAUGAUGGCUCAGAACGCUCUCUCUGCUACAACAACUCACACAACACAGGCCAUACCACUCUCCUCUCAUCCUUCUGCUUCUCCUACUCCUGCCAGUCUAUUAGUCUCUCCACACGCUCAAGAUAACAAUAAGAUCACACCACCAAUGUGAUAUACCAUAUACUGUCAAGAAAAUCACAUAAUUAUAUGCUCUCUUGUCUUUUGCACUUGUACAUAUCUUGCUAUAAUAAUAUAUUAUGAUGUUUGUUUGUGACAUUUUAGGAAUAUUGCUAUUAUAGUUUUUAAAUAUAAUACAUACUGUAUAUUUUUGUUGGCUCAGCAGUACCUUUUCAAUCAUUUUA